AUGUCCUCGAGGCAGUAUAAUAAUUCCGAAACUCGCACUGUCCUUGGAAACAAGCCAUAUUUUAAGAGUUCUAUUCGACCCAGUCGCUCAGUUUCACCAAAUGAUAGCGAUCGACUUCAGAACUCCAACCGCAACUGCGUUAAUCGUCAUGCCCACCAACCUAAGGGCGCAGAAAGCAAUGAAUCGUGCAAAGUACCAGGGGAGUGGAUCCCCUAUACACUUCGCCAUUCCUUUCUGGCUAUGUUGAGUUUUAUUAGCGCCUCUCUCUGUUUGAUCACCUUUAUACUGUGGUGGAGAUCCUCGACGAACUAUGGCCUUGGACCCGAUGAUGGCUCCUCAGCACUGCUUUUCGGCUGGAGAUACACCCCAACCAUGAUCAGUGUGAUAUAUGUCCAACUUACCGCUAUGCUAUUUGACGAUGUAGAGCGCACAGAGCCUUUUGCUCGACUAGCCCGACCAGAUGGAGCCGAUGCGUCGUCGUCUGUUCUUCACUCACCCGGUCCUUGGUGGGUAUCUCUACAUGAUGGCUUUGCCAAGAAGAAGCACGGGAGUCGCAGUUGGACCUUGAUCUGCGCAGCGUUGGUCAAUAUUCUGGGAUUCCUAGCUAUCUCAACUCUAUCAUCGGCCUAUCUGUAUUCAGAAGAUGUCAUCGUCCCACAGUCGACAGGCUCUUCUCUGCCUAUCGAAGCGGACCGUACCACACACUUUCGGACUAUCGCCAACCUUUUGCAAAACGUUUCUACUUCGCCAUGGAUUACGGAUGAAUACACAAUCCUACCGAUCUGGCCGACCGGUCUGGAAGAAGAGCCUAUCAACACCUUACCUACGGACUCAUCACAAAAGUGGCAAGGCGAGACAACCAUGUUCAAGACCGAGUUGACUUGCACUCAAAUGAAGGUGGAAGCCGAACGUACUGGGCAGUUCGUGAUUCAAAAGGGCUAUGGGGCAUCGGACGCAGUUUCCAUUAUCUGGUCAUCACCUAAUGGCUGCGAAUAUGGGCUAGUGGCUAGCAUGGACCUAUUUACCGAGGGAGGAGGCAGUUGGUCCAACGCAUCGACCUUCUUCGAAGGAGAAGACGUCCUAUUCACUUCAGAGCACUUUUCGCUUUCCAAUUCUACAGCAGAAUGUGAUGGCCACGAAAUCAUUGUCGUCACCGAGCCUUGGACCAACACUAGUGGUAGCUACGUGGCCCAGCUGUGUGAGACCAGAUACUACAUGGCUAAUAUCACCGUUUCGAUUGAGCUGGAUGGAGAUGAGCCAGAGAUCUCUUUCGACGAGAGGGCUUUCAACCAAAACAAACUCAUCAUCCCGGAUACCCUGGUCAACACAACCCAUUUCCAAGAUCUCGUACUUAAUGCCGACUGGACUACUUAUAUGAUAUCCAUACUUUGGGACACCGCUGUCAUGGGCGGUGCCGCUGUUUUACUUGGGGCUCUAUAUGACUACAACACUACCAAGCUAGUCAACGACCCAAACUUGGUUUCCUCCGCUGCGAAGGCAAAGCAACGGUAUUUUGGUGAAACUUUACAGGCAUCCUUGAGACAGCAAGAUGCUUCUCAAAAGAUGUCUAUGCAAGGUACUGUCCGUGCUGUUCAGGCCCGGGUAGUGGUCGAGACUGGUGCCGCAAUCGCCCUUGGAGUUCUUUUUGCCGUUUCUUUUAUCCUCGUGGUUGUCGUCUGGUGGCGCUCGAGGCUGCGAUACAGACCGCUAAACUUGAAGAAGGAUCCCGCGACAAGUACUGGCGUGGCCUGCUUGAUAAGUCAGAGCCCAAGGACAAGAUAUGAAUUCCGGUAUUUGAGGCAACCUUCAACAAAUGAUAUGCAAAGCAAGCUGAAAGGUGAGAUAUUCUACACGGAUUCCCAGGGCAUCUCUCGUGUCAACCAUAACAACCUCGCCAACCAUGAUUCAACCCAAUCUGAGAACGGAACCCCCAAGCUCCUCCGCUUGCCAGCUCUAAUUGGUCUGGUCAUUUCCCUCAUUGCCGUUGUCGUUGGCCUUGCGGUCCUCUAUCAUUAUGCCGAAGGCUCCGACUUGUAUGCCAAAGCGUUUGUAUACCAAUUCGACCUAAAUUUUAUGAGAAGCAGUAUGUCCAGCAUUGCACCAUUCUCCAUGAUCCCUACUGUUGUAGCCGUGGGACUUGGCCUUUGGUGGAGUGCCAUCGACGACAACUUCCGUCGACUGCAGCCAUAUCUGGGCAUGACUAGACAUAGUCUGCCAAUCCGGUCAGGCGUUGACUUGUCUUACCAGUCCUCGUACUGGUUUUGGGCGGCUGGAAAAGCCGCCUUUCACAGACAUUGGCUUCUUUUCAUUGUUACUCUAGGGUCUACUAUUUCCCCCGUGUUCACAACCGCAAUGUCUGCUGUGUUCGAUCGUGGAACCGGCACCAUUGCCCAGCCCAUCACACUCCAACGUUCAUUGGAAAUUCGGAGCAUUCCACACGUUUUCAGUACACUGCAGUCACUAUACCCGCAAAACUCCAAUGAUUAUACGGCAACCAUCCUCGCGAACCUUUAUGAGGACAUAUCUUCCUACUGGAUGUAUACCGCUACAAUUCAACUGGCUAUGAAUGGCUCCGAGCCUGCUUGGAGCAAAGACGGCUGGAGCUUUGUGCCACUCGAUCUUGACAGCAUCUCUGCCAACACCUCACUAUCCAAGCUUGGUGCGAGCCAAGCGGACGACCUAGGCUCAUCCUCACAAACUAAUGUCACAUUCAAUACUCCUGCCAUUCGAGGCCGUAUUGAAUGCAGCCAUGCCCCAUUACAGGCUUUGGCUAACGUUUCCAACUGGCUUACAACGACGGACUUGACCAACCACACUAUCUGGAACAAAACCACGAUCCCCAGCGGUCUCCAGGGGGGUUAUCAGCUGGGCAGCACAUAUCAAAACAGGCAAUACCCUGGAACCAUAACGCCGUUAGUGUCUGGUCAGAACUGGACAUCGUGUCCUGGGUGCACUUCCGUCUUUGUCAACCCAUCCUCGAUCGUUUGCUGUGGCAAUGGAACCGCCGACGGAGGAAGCGUGGGGGUCGGAUACUGGUCCCCAAACGUGAAUCUCGAUUUGUGGUCUCCGCGCGCUUGGCAGGACAACUUCACAGCUAAAUGGUUCUAUGGUGAUGCCUAUACGGGAAUCAAGGCAAACCCGUAUCAAGGGACUCCAGACAUCGGACUGCUUUUCCCCGCUCCCCCUUCCCUCUCCAUCUUAAACUGUAAGCCAGUAGUUGAGACCGCUGAUGCAAGAGUGACUGUGAAUCCUUCCAACGGCAACAUUCUCUCAUUCAACAUCACAAGCACACCGGAGACUGCCCCUGAUGCCUUCGCCGACAACUAUCUCCCUCACAACAAAACGGAAAUCCGCAUGCGAGAUGGCUACAUGUACUACAAUGUGACAUUGAGCUACGGUCGACUCUUCACCAGCACCAUGCUGACAGCAGCUGACACAGCGCACAUCGGCGGCGCAGGCCAUGUAAUAGGGUACACCACUGAGGAUCUCGACGACAACACAUAUAAUAUCCGCGACGAGAUGAAUGGCCUCAACAUGGACUUCAUGACCUAUUCAAUAUUCUCAAUGGCCGGCAAAGAUCCAAAGGCUCUACUCGACGCAGAAACCUUCAAAAAUCUCACAGAAAAGACCUUCACAACCUUCUUCCAGCAUUUCGUCAGCUCUAAUGUUUCCCUGGAGACUGGAGGAUGGGCGUAUCAAAAGAUCAAUGCUAGUCUUCCAAGUUCUCUCGGUCCCGGGCUAGAACUCGUCGGCAACUACCUUCCAGGGACAAAGGCCUCCAAGUACCAAGAUGUCAUGCAUCCAAUUUCCCAUACGAACCGCACAGCCACCGCACACGUCACACAACGCGUAGAACUGCUACAAAUGAACGCCGUCGCCGUCUGGCUCAGCAUCGGAAUCAUGGGCUGGCUAAUCAUCACCACAGCCGUGGUAGCCGUGCUCCAAAAGCGAUACUUCGGAAGCCUAGUCCGCAACGUGGAAAGCCUAGGCGAUGUGCUCGUCCUGAUAGCAGGAAGUGCAAAUCUCCUCCAAGUAGUCCGGGAGAUCCAAUCCGGACGACUAAGACCAGACGACUACAAGCACUUACGGACACGACUGGGGUGGUUCAUUGACGAAGAUGGAGGAUUGCGGUGGGGCAUCGAGAUGGAAGAGAGUUUUGCAGAAGGGCCGGGCGUGAAUUGGGUCUCUGAACCACAGUUCUCGAAGGAGAAGGGGGGAACGCGGACGUGGACGAUUCAUGAGGUGGAAUCUCCGUGA